AUGAUCUUUGUGUCUUGGUCUUGCUCGGUUUCCGAUACCUUUGCUUCAAGAAAUGUAAAUGACAAUACUGAUUUGUUAAAUGAAUUAAUAAGUGUGGAUGGAAAUGCUCAAUCUAUGAUUCCUUAUAUCAAUUCAUCUGAAGAAGGCAUUUGCCUUGUAGUCAUAUAUUUUGCAGGAUUGUCUACGAACACAGGCGAUUUGUAA